GUUUUGAUUUUUUGUGUGCAUCAACAAUCGAACCGCGCGAAGAUCCGAUAACAAAAUUUGCAUAUCGAGCUCCGAUCAUCGAAGAUGAUUAAAAUGGACCAAAAAAAGAAAUCCGCCCAGACCAAGGCCACAAUCGCAUCCCUCCAGGCGGAACUAUCCCGCCUUCGAUCCAAGGCCAUGAAAAUCGAAGGAGAACGCAUCGAGACGUCCGUCCGCCACACCGACCUCCUGAGCCACUGGAGCUCGGUCUCGGCCACGUACGUCGGUGCGAUGCGCCAACGGGACGACACCAUCCGGCGGCUGCUGGCCGACAGCGGCAUCCGGCCACCGGACGGUGCCACCCUCGAAAACGACGAAAGGCUUCGCCGAGCCGUGCUGAAAACCGCCGACAAGGCCGUCCAAACGGAACUGUGGUGAAAAAUUGGUUUGGAGUUUAGUGUCGUGUAUAU